AUGCCCCGACUCGCACCAUCUCUAUUUCGACAAGCCCGGAAGCAAAUAUCACCCUUUGCUCCCCUGCUUCUGCCCGUCUGCCGAACCCUCGACUCAACCGCCAACGAACUCCGCUGGAUAAAAGAGCACGUCAACUCAACCGAUUCCCUCGUGCCCCGAAAGCUUGGAAUAUGGCAAGCCUGCCUCAAGCGGGAAAAGGGGAUACCAUUACAAUACAUCCUCGGCAACCAACCCUUCGGCCCCCUUGAUAUCCUCUGCAAACCAGGUGUUCUCAUCCCACGACCAGAAACCGAAUCCAUAAUAACCCACCUCACCACCCUCCUCCCUUUUUCGUCCUCCCCCCUCAAAAUCCUCGACCUCUGCACAGGAACAGGCUGCAUCCCCCUUUUGAUAGCCUCCCUCCUCCCGUCUACCAGCCAAACCCUCGGAGUCGACAUCUCCCCCCUCGCCAUCUCCCUCUCCCGCCAAAACCUCUCCCACAACAUCUCCCUCUCCCACCUCCCCCUUUCCGCCUCCAAAAGCAUAACCUUUACCAAAUCCGACAUUUUUUCUCCUUCCUUCCUCUCUUCCCUCCCCUUUUCCCCGGGAGAGUUAGACAUCCUGACAUCAAAUCCCCCUUACAUCUCCCCCGCUGGCUUCAACAAAAACACUGAACGUUCUGUCCGGUUUUACGAGCCUAAACUCGCUCUUGUUCCGGAUGUGAACCUAGGAAAAGGGUAUGAUUGCCUGCCGGAGGAUGUGUUUUAUGCAAGAUUGCUCGAGAUUGUGAGUGUCCUCCAGCCGAAAAGGGUGCUUUUUGAGGUGGGGGAUGUAGAGCAGGCGAGGAGGGUGGCGGAGAUGGUUGUUAGGGGAGGGGAGCUGAAGAAUUAUGCGGGGACGGUGGAGAUUUGGAGGGAUGAUCCUGAGGGGGAGGAAAAGGAGAGGAUAUCGCUGAGGAAUAAUGGGGAGGAGGUCGAGGUGAAGGGAAGGGGGAAUGGGAGGGGGGUGUAUUUUUGGAGGAAGGAUUGUUGA